CUCCGAAGUUAGCCGAUUCCUCAGCUUUGGGAGCUAAGAUGGCGGCGGCUGUAACUGUGGCUUGCCGAGCGGGCCGGCGGCUUCUCUGGGCCCGGCCGGGACACCUAAGCGCGCGGUGCUCAACCCCCGGACAGCGGGCUCUCCAUCUUGGGAGAAGCAGAUACAGAGCUACCAAGGUAGCACCCCAGAUCGUCCUGAAUGUUCCUGAAACAAAAAUCUCAACUCUGGAAAAUGGCCUGAGAGUUGCUUCUGAAGAUUCUGGACUUACAACAUGUACAGUGGGACUUUGGAUUGAUGCUGGAAGCCGAUAUGAGAAUGAGAAAAACAAUGGGACAGCUCAUUUCCUGGAGCAUAUGGCUUUUAAGGGAACCAGAAAAAGGUCUCAACUGGAUCUGGAGCUAGAGAUUGAGAACAUGGGCGCUCACCUUAACGCUUAUACCUCAAGAGAACAAACUGUGUAUUACGCAAAAGCUUUCUCAAAAGACUUGCCGACCGCGGUGGAAAUUCUUGCUGACAUCAUACAGAACAGCACCCUGGGGGAGGCUGAGAUUGAGCGGGAGCGAGGCGUGAUCCUUCGAGAAAUGCAGGAAGUCGAGACCAACUUACAGGAAGUGGUCUUUGAUUAUCUUCAUGCCACAGCUUACCAAAAUACAGCACUGGGACGGACUAUUUUAGGACCCACUGAAAACAUUAAGUCCAUUAACCGCAACGAUUUGGUGGAAUACAUAACGACGCAUUACAAAGGACCCAGAAUUGUCCUUGCGGCUGCUGGAGGAGUUACCCACGAGGAGUUGCUCGACCUGGCGAAAUACCAUUUUGGCAACUUGCCGUCCAUUGAGAAAGAAGGCGCUCCGGUUCUGCCCCCGUGCCCGUUCACCGGCAGUGAAAUCCGAGUGCGAGAUGACAAAAUGCCUUUAGCGCAUCUGGCAAUUGCUGUGGAAGCAGCUGGCUGGUGCCACCCAGAUACCAUUCCUCUGAUGGUGGCAAACACACUGAUUGGCAACUGGGACCGUUCUUUUGGCGGUGGACUGAAUCUGUCCAGUAAGCUUGCUCAAGCGGCAUGUCACGGCAAUCUUUGUCAUAGCUUCCAGUCUUUCAACACCUGUUACACCGAUACUGGACUGUGGGGCCUUUACAUGGUUUGUGAAGGAACCACCAUAGAGGACAUGAUGUGCUUUGUUCAAAGGGAAUGGAUGCGUCUGUGCACUAGUGUUACCGAAAGUGAAGUCGUGCGUGCUAAGAAUCUUCUGAAGACCAACAUGCUGUUGCAGCUAGAUGGUUCCACUCCCAUCUGUGAAGACAUUGGACGACAAAUGUUGUGCUACAAUCGCCGAAUCCCAAUUCCUGAACUUGAAGCAAGAAUUGAGGCAGUAGAUGCUCGGACAAUUAAGGAUGUGUGUACAAAGUACAUCUAUAAUAAGCAUCCUGCAGUUGCAGCUGUGGGGCCACUCGAACAGCUCCCCGAUUAUGACAGACUCUGUAGCGGCACGUGUUGGCUUCAGGAUUGAUAGUCCCGUUGAGCUCUCUUGGAGAUUUGACACCUGAGAGAUUUGUGACAACAGUUAAACUUUCAAGACUGGACGGGUGAUAAUUUUUCCCCUUCCACCAAAUGGCAGGCUUUUAAAAAAGUCACCCUGACACCGCUUGGCUUUUCCAGAACCGACAUUCCUGCCUUAAUAAUCUGUCAAAUCGAACCGGCAAUGCAAACAAACGGCGGCUUCAAAGAACUGCAGGACUAUUUAGAAAAAAAAUAAUAAUAAAGCAUAUUCUGUAUUUGUAUUUUUAUUACAAAACAAAAACACACUAGGAUUGUCACAGGGAAUCUCAUUUCUUAGUUUUAGCAGCAUUCACUACUUGCUCUUGGGCAGCUUUCUUUGCUUUGACCAUUUCAACAAGCUCCUAGAGAGAGAGAGAGAGACAGAGAGUUUGUUCACUUCUAUUUUUAUCCAAUAGAGUCUCUUCAGCAGGUUUAUUUCUGGAGCAACUGAAAAGAUUAUCUACCCUUGGCAACGUGAUACCACUUGAGCACUGCAAGUGAGUAGCAACAUUUAACAUUUGCCAUUAGAAGAUACGAGGGGCAUCCAGGGGGGUGAGGGGGAGGCCUCAAAAUCUGCAAUAUUGGGGGAGGGGUUGAUGUGCAAAAGGAGCGGCGCGCGCCUGUCACAACCCGCUGCCCACCAUCUUGCAGACUUUGACCCAGACGUCCCAGAUCGAUCAAGUCAUUUCAAAAGAGUCACUCUAAAAAACAGCCCUUCAAAGGCUAAACCAGCAUCAAGAAUUCAGUGAGAUUUUACUCCUCUCUUCCAGGUUGCACAAAUAUUACAACUUAAGGAAGGAUCUGAUUCAAACUCUAGUAGAACUUCUACAGUCCUAUAAAAAUUGCCAAGUAAACCCAGACUACUAAUCCAUUCCUGUUUGUUUUAUAGUAAAGGAAGGACAGUUUGCUUUUCAACAUCAGCUAAAGCAAGUCUAACUGCUAAUGACCUCACGUCUUUUUGGGGGGUGGGGAGGCUGGGGCUUGGAGAAGAAAUGUACUUUAUGGGUUUAAGCAAGGACUUGUCAACGUGACUUCAUGGUAAGAUUAAGAGAGACAGUAAAGACCGGAUUUACUGUUUUCGAUGAUAAUGCAAGGUAGCUUGCCAGUGACUAGUCUUAGCAAGAUAUUACCAUUUUCUUUUUGUAUUCUUUCCAACCCAACAGAAUGCAGAAAAGAAAUGUUGAAGGACUCAGGACUUUAUUUGUAAGCCAUAUGGCUCUCUGAAAACUGAAUGGAGUGGGACCAAUUUGAUCUAGAUGGAGCAAUCCACAAAAGAAAGGCUGAGUCUGAAAAUGGGCCAGAUCAGGCCAGGGCGGCAGAGAA